UGACGGGCGCCCCGUGAAGGGCUCCCCGCCUCACCGGAGACCGCCGGAGAGCAUCGCGUCCGCAGCAAAACGAGGACCCCCACGCCCCGCGCCUCUCGCCUGCCGCCGGCUCCCGUUCUCGCCGUCGAGACGUCUCUGCGAUCCCGUCUGAACUCCGUGCGCUGUCGUCUGCGGGGAGCUCCAAGGAAGAGCCCUGGCCCGGAGAUAGGCAGGCUCCGAGGCCCAGGCGGGGAGCGGAGCCCGUCCCGCCCAAGCCGCCCGCCGCAGCGCCCUGACGGGGAGGCGCCGCUGCCGCUCGGAAGCGCCCCGCGCCCGGAGUGAGGCCACCGCGUACCGCCGCCCCGCACCCGUAGGAGCCGGUGCCGCCGCGACUGGGUACUCGCCGAGAUUGGUUUUGAAGGAGCGGACCGCGGCGGGGGCGAGGAAGAGGAGGCGGGAGACGAGCCCGGAGGAGGCGGCCGCCAGAGCGGGGCGGGCGGCGGCUCGCCGGGGCGGCAGGGGGACACCAUGUCCAAGCCGGUGGACCACGUCAAGAGGCCGAUGAACGCUUUCAUGGUGUGGUCACGGGCGCAGCGACGGAAGAUGGCCCAGGAGAACCCCAAGAUGCACAACUCUGAGAUCAGCAAGCGCCUGGGCGCCGAGUGGAAGCUGCUGACUGAAUCGGAGAAGCGGCCCUUCAUCGACGAGGCCAAACGGCUGCGAGCCAUGCACAUGAAGGAACACCCCGACUACAAGUACCGGCCGCGGCGGAAGCCCAAGACGCUGCUCAAGAAGGACAAGUUCGCCUUCCCCGUGCCCUACGGGCUGGGCGGCGUGGCGGACCACGAGCACCCGCACGGGCUGAAGGCGGGCGGGCUGCACGGCGGCGCGGCCGGCGGGCUGGUGCCCGAGUCGCUGCUGGCCAACCCCGAGAAGGCGGCAGCCGCCGCCGCCGCUGCCGCCGCCCGCGUCUUCUUCCCCCAGUCGGCCGCCGCCGCUGCCGCUGCCGCCGCCGCCGCCGCCGCCAGCAGCCCCUACUCCCUGCUGGACCUGGGCUCCAAAAUGGCCGAGAUCUCAUCUUCCUCCUCUUCCUCGGGCUCCGGGCUGCCCUACGCCUCCUCGUUGGGCUACCCCGGCGCCGGCGGGGCGGGCGCUUUCCACGGGGCCGCCGCUGCCGCCGCCGCCGCCGCGGCCGCCGCCGGGGGGCACACGCACUCGCACCCGUCGCCCGGUAACCCGGGCUACAUGAUCCCCUGCAACUGCAGCGCCUGGCCCGGCCCGGGGCUGCAGCCGCCGCUGGCCUACAUCCUCCUGCCGGGCAUGGGCAAGCCCCAGCUGGACCCUUAUCCCGCAGCCUAUGCCGCGGCACUAUGACCCACGGCCGGAGGAGGCCCGCACAGAGCUCCGGCGCCCG